CUUCUUAAGUUUAUUACAAUUAAGGGAGAAUCUUAUCAAAUCUAUAAUACGAUCUUCCGAUAAUCUGUACGAUCUAAAGUUAUGUAAUAAACGUAAAAACGAUAUCGUUCGUUAGAAAUUUAUGAGUGUAUGAAAAUAUUUUAUAAUCCAAGUAGUAUAAUCGUAUCGUAUGGUCUUCCCCAUUUAAUGAAAGUAAUCUGUGUAUCAGAUGUGAGGCUAUAGUAAAUUGUACGCAUCACUGAUACGACCGCAAGUCAUUCUUACGUAUAAUGUGUAUCACGUGGUAUGGAAAACAGCUGUUCUAGAUCUUUAUCAUUCGUAAUACAUCAAAACUUUGGCUUCUCAGAUCGUUUUAGAUGAGUUAUGUACGAAAUUUUGAUACGACAAAAUCGUGACCAGAAUAAAAUUCUAAUGCGCAUAAAUAAAUGUCCCGGAACAAAGUUGAAUUAUUAAUAAACACAUGUUAAGAAUGAACGUACGUUCGAAAAGGUUCAGUCUUUGUGUGUUUCUUUUAUUAUUAGGCGCAAUAUAUUUCUUUUCAAGGAAAUCUUCCAUCCUAGAAUCGAAUAAUAAAGAUGUAGUAUCUCUUAGAUCGUUGCUCGUUGCUGCCAUAAAGGCAGCUGAAUUGGGCGGAUAUGAAGUCGUUUCUGUGCACGAACAAACUAACUUUAAUAUUGAAAGUAAAGGGAAAACUAAAGAAGGCGAAAAUGAUCCAGUAACAGCAGCAGAUUAUAGAUCACACUGUGCUAUGUAUAAUUCUUUAAAAGAUGCAUUUCCAGGCAUUACUGUAAUAUCCGAAGAAGCAUCAAAAGACUGCGAUAAAGUUGUUGUCCCUGAUCUUAGGAAUGCUUUUAACAACCUAAGAGAAUAUGAUAUAGGGGAUGACUUUGAAAAUAUUAAAGAUAUCACUAUUUGGAUUGAUCCUUUGGAUGCUACAAAGGAGUUUACAGAAAAUUUAUUACAAUUUGUAACGACUAUGGUCUGCAUUGCCGUAAAAGGAAAACCUAUAAUAGGUGUUAUUUAUAAGCCAUUUGAAACAAAGAAAGACCACAAUUUAUAUUGGACUUGGACUGGUCAUGGAGCUUCACCAAAUUUAUAUAAUUUGCCAAAGCAUGAAAAUAAAUUGCCAAUUUUAAUUGUAUCACGGUCACAUGCUGGACAAGUUAAUAACGCUUCCAAAACUGCUUUUGGUAGAAAUGUUCAAAUUGUUUCUGCUGCAGGUGCAGGUUACAAGUUUUUAGAGGUAGCAGUUGGAAAUGCAACUGCAUACGUUCAUAUGACUGCUAUCAAAAAGUGGGAUAUAUGUUCUGGAACAGCCAUCAUCAGUGCUCUUGGUGGAAUGACUACAUCAUUAUUUGAUGGACAUUUAAUUAAUUUUGAUUCUACUGACACUAAAGUGCUAACAUCGGGUCUUUUAGCUACCAUGACUGAUCAUAAUUGGUAUUUGGAUAAAUUUUCAAAUAUACAGCUAAGAUCUUUUAUUUUAUCUCGAUAAUUCUUUUUUCAUUAAUAUCUAGUUAUCAUUUCCUGUUCCAGUAAGAUAAUUCGAUUACUAUUUUUACCCUCUCUGCAACAGCUAUUUUAACAGUAACGAAAAAAUAUUCUUUGAUGUAUAUUGUAAAUACAAGAUUUACAUAUACAUACAUACAUACAUAUAUAUAUAU